AUGCCGACUGCAGUGUCACUGUCGCAAAUGGUGGAUUUGUCCCUGGGGACACCAGAGAUAGGGUCUGUGAAUUUCAAUGUGAUGCAUACACUCCUUCAUGCUAUCAUAAGGAAAUUAAGUAUUGCUGAUCACAGAGCAGAGAUAAAUGAACAUGACAGGGAUUUUUUGGCAACAUCAAAAAUAAGAGCUAGAUCCACACUCAGUGAUGCUGACAGUGGGCGGGGUGAAGAUUCUGAGGAUGCCACAAGUGAGAAAUCUGGAGCUCCCCCAUUUCGACCAUCCCCAUACCAUAGGAUGGAAUUAAAGGUUGAAAAACUUGCACAGCAGUUGGAAAGUUUAAAUCAGCUUCCAUCGAAUAGUGAAUUAUUUGAUCGUACCACAAAAUCAAAAAGUGAAAGUUCUUCAGAUAGGCCUGUAGCUGACAUGUGGCAAUAUAUGCAACUUAAAAAAAGGGUUGAUGCUAAUGAAGAAGGUGUAGGAAAGUUAUUUUCACUGAUUGAAGAUAUGAUGAAAGAGAUGAAAGAUCUUAAAGAUGCAAAUAAACUUCUUCAGGACCAACUUAAAGGA